GAUGCUCGUCCAUGCCCUUUGCAAAGGGUUCCUUGCAUCAAGGAAGAUCGAUCGUCGCAUCAAUCACACCAUAGCACCGAUUGAUUUAGGAGUAUAGUUCCUUAAACCUUAGCGCCCCAACAUCGCUAGGAAACUAAGUGCGCCAUAUUUGUAAUGCUUAGGUCUUUGCAUGUAUACAACCAGAAAUGAUGGCGAUUUCUUUAUUUUGUAGCAUGUACAUGAAGCACUUCAAUAUGGCUCAGUGAACCAAUUGGACUAGGCAUCGGCACCAUGAUACUCUCCAGUUGGCCUCAGGCUCGCUUUCGCGGCAUUCACACUUCUUCUAGCUGCUGCGCUGUACGCACAAUUCCCCGCUGUCCUGGGCGCGUCGGCGCUCCACCACCGUCAUGUCUGCGCUCGGGGGCUGUUGCGCCCCUGCGACGGCUCCUCAGUCCUGGUCGGCUGCCCGCGGCGCCCCGCCUCACCCAGCCCCCCGCUGCCACCUCCCCUCGAGGUGACGACUCCGGUGUGGCGGCGUCAGGCCAACCUGCAGAGGCACCGUUACUGCUACCCAGGCGUGCAGCACGCACCCCACCGCCCCAGUCCCAACCCGCAACGUCCUUACCGUCCUUACCGGAACUCGAACCGUCUACAGCACCAGAAACCCUACCGGCACCUGAGGCGGCUAAGAAGCAGCGCCGGCGAAAGCCGAGCCCUACCGAGCCAGAGGAAGCAACAGCGGGCGGCCUGGAGUCCGCUCCGAAACCCAAGCGACGCCGGGCCCCUCCCUCUUCCUCCUCCUCCCGCCGUUCCUCCUCCUCCUUGCCUUCCCCCUCCGCUGCCUCCUCCUCUUCCGACAGCGACGAUGACUCCUCAACCACCCUCAUGACAACUCAUGACGCCUCCACAACUACCCGAACUCAACCGCCAUUCACACAAUCCGCAACAACCAUCACAACCACCACCGCUCCUUCCAACCUCUCAGAGGCCGCCCUAGAGGCCCGCCGUACAGCCGCCGGCUGGACACCUGACGGUCGCGUGCGCUUCAGCACCAAGCUGCCCCGGGGGCCCGCCUGGCAGCAGACUGUACGGCAGUGGGUUGUGUUUUCCGACCUGCACGUGCGGGAGGGCUCGCUGGAGACGUGUCUGGAGGUGCUGCGGGCAGUACGGCAGGAGGCGGACAGCAGGGGGGCGGGGGUCAUAUUCCUGGGUGACUUUUGGGACCGGCGCGGCGCCCUGCCCGUGGAGCCGCUCAACCAGGUGCUGCAGGAAAUGUCCUCCUGGACGUGUCCGGUGCUGAUGCUGGUGGGGAACCACGACCAGGUGGACCUGGGCGGCCGGCAGCACGGUCUGACCCCCCUGGAGCUGGCCUGCCCGCAUGUGCACGUGGUGGAGGAGCCCACGCGGUGGCGGGGGGCGCUGUGGCUGCCGUACAGGCGGGACACGGAGCUGCUGGCGGCGGCGAUGAGGC